GUAGUCCUCGAGAAGUAUGAGGUGAAAAUAGGCUACAUGGCUGCUAUAUUUUGAUAAAGGGAGCUACCUUAUUGGAGGGACAACCGUCUUAGUUCAAGUCUUUUAAGGUAACAUCAUUUACAGUGUAACCAUGAAAAAUGUGCGCGUAUACAGUCUUCUUUGAACAAACGUCAGCUAAUAUUUUUAUGAUCUUUCUUGUGGCUUAUCGAUCUGUUUUUGACCAUAGUUCUCGCUAAGCUUUUCAAAUAAUAUUUUUUUUGCGAAAUGACCCGUAUUAAUUUAAAAUAUUUUUUUCGGGAUUGAAUAUUCUUAAAUUGUUUCUUUGUUUCCAGCAAAAUAUUGCUGUUUGAAGGCAUUAAGCUUGUGUACAUCAGUGGUUACGUAAGCUUACCAAACAAGGAGUUAACCAAUUAAUUUUCAUCCCUUUCACAUCUAACAGUCUGAAUAGUUGCCAAAGAAAAAUAUUUAAUGGAAGAACAAACCUCUCUCUGUAAAAUUCUUAGAAAAGGACUAUCAAAAAUGCAAAAGGUCAACCCAGCAAGGUUUAAUUUGACCGGUAACACCACAAUUUUAAAGUUGAGACUCUGUACGAUUCCUGCAGACAUCACUUUUGUUGCGCUUUUUCCAUCGAAUCAUUGGUUGUUUAUUGAAAAAAUUGUUUUGGAUGACAGUGCUAUCAGUGAGCUUGAGAAACCGUGACAACUAUGAAAAUGAGAAAAGGAAAAAGUAGUUUUAAUAAAAAAAAACUCAAGAGGUAGUUAAUCAAUAAAAAUCAAUAUCAGGAAUCAAUCGAUAUUAAUGAUGAUAGAAAUCGAAAUCACAGAAGAAAUUAUUUAUCGAUUAUCAUCUAUUAAUAAAAUCGAUAACAAUCCACGGAAUUGAUAGUAAUCGAUAACAAGCAAUAAUCUGGAAGUGAAUAUCCUGAAGCAAGCAACACCCAUGAGACCGGCUUUACCUUACGACAUUGAUUCAAUUUUGUAUACAAAGAACAGGAAGUGGCUGCAAACGAAGUGCUAUCUGGAAUUGAUCUGACUGGUUUCAGUAGAAUAUCAAUUUUUUUCUUUGUUAGGGAAAAAUAUCUCCUUGAAUACUUGUACUAUCAUUGUUUUGCAGCUGAAAAGAAUAAUAGACAGUCAAUGCUAGCCAGUGGUUUCCCUUCUGCCAUUGCUUUAGUUAGUAUUUGGUCAGUUUAGCAGGGGCUCCUUGUGACCCUUAUAUGCAGUUACUUGCUUGCAGUGCUGCCCGCUUGCCAUAUUUGCACAGUGCUGUUUUUCUCCUACGGUGGUUCUUUGUCUGCCAUUCUGGAAAGAAUCAGUAUUUGGAAUGUUGGCAUUUGAGGGGAGUGGAAAACUGGAGCACCCAAAUAAAUAUCUCUCAGAGCAAGAGGGCAAGAACCAACAACAAAUUCAACCAACUUGCAUGUAUGGCACUACCCCCAGGACUUGCACCUGGGCCAUAUUAGUGGGAAGAGAGUUGUCACACACACCACCACACUAUCUUUCCUCUCUCUUCAUCAUAAUUGCAGGCGACAAGAGGAGCCUGCAGCCUAUUCUUGGUCAGUGGCACUCUUACUGUAUAGUGAAGUUUUUCCUGAAUCUGUCCACAUUCUUAGGAUGCUCAUGUUGUACGACUAAUAUGCAUGGUUUGUGGCUGUCAAGACCCUGGUAUUGAGUUUAAGGUCCGUUUGAUGUCACGGUAAUCAUGUGAAUGCACAUGUAAGAGAUGCAACAAUCAUUAUUACAUUCAAUUCGCAAGCACACGUAUUCAGGUACACAAGUACUACUAAUAGUAAAUGGGAGACUUCGAUUCACCUUGCCAACCUGGAAUCUAUUUACCCAGGAAAAUGAACAUAGAGCCUGAUCUCAGCUUAGUGCAGGACAAGUUUUCAGUAAGAUACGAGUGUUAGCAAAGUCUAGAAAUCGAAUUACCGUACUUAAUUCAGGUCUCACUACAGUGCAUGAUUUUUAUAUAUUUAUACAAAUGUGCGUUUCCAAGCAUGUUAAGUCACUUGUCAUCCAUUUCCAAGCAUGUUACAUCAUUUGUCAUCCAAAAGUUUCAAUGAGCUUUAAAUUCUAGUGUUAAUUUAAGCUGUUUCUUUAUUUUCUAUUGCAUAUCAACAACCUUCAGUCAUUGAUCACAGAUUGUAUUUUUGAAUAAAUAAUAAGACUUCAUGCAGUCAUGACUGUAUAAAUGUGCAUUACUCGUAUCACACAUUACUGUUUUAAUGUAUCUUUGCCGCCGAAUAAAGCCAUCUCUCCUUGCUCCUCACCAUUCACUGGCUAGUUGUGUCUAAGCAACUGUGAAUAAAAUCGUUGAAAAAAUAUGAGUCUUGUUUACUGUGUUGUUCAAUCCAGUUUUCAUGAUCGACAGUGAUUCCUUUUGUUGACACUGGAACUAAAAGGGCUUUCUCUGAUUCACCUACACAGUUAUGAAAGCAGUUUUCAUAAAUCAGAUCUCCAAGGUAAUAUAUAGAUUUAGCCAGGGCAAAGCAAAGCUCUGGUUAAUAAUAUGUGUAAACAAAAUAAAUUAAAUCGUGUAAUGCUAAACGGAGGACGACAAUGAAAAUGGCUUCAAGACUAAUCGGUCCAAUUAGCAAAAAAACAAAUUGCACGUGCAGCACACUUUUUCUUCUAAUUAGCAAAAAACAAAUUUGCACGUGCAGCACACUUUUUUGUCUUUUCCUUGCCGUUGUUUUGCACGACUACAACUCUGUUGUGUACGACUAAAAUGUCAGACUUCCUAGUUACACACUAUUUUUAUGGAGAAAUUGUCGUAUGUGCUUACCCAAUAUUUUGUUUCCAGUGUUUAUGUUCGCUUUUAUUUUUCACUGCCGCUCAUUUUCACCUUGCUGGCCGCUAGCAUUUCUCAUUUUUUCACCACCGCUUUGAAUUUCCAUGUUUUUCUUCCCACGAAUUUUCAAUAACUCACUCUAGCUCUUUCUCUGUUAUCCACGUUAGUGUACACAUAUAAAAUAACGCCGAAAAAGACACGACUUUCUUCUUUAAAAAAGUGCGGGCGGCCAUGUGAUUUCCUUCCAAAUAAAACCUUGAGUUGCUUUUGGGUUCCCAUACCUGUUGAUUGAGUUAUUUUACAUUGGUAUGCCUGUGGUGUGGACGGAUGGUUGCUCGCUCGGUGUACGGUCACGUGAUUACCAAAUUUUCUGGGAUGGGUCGGGAUGGGUAGAUUACCACAUUUCCUUAGUUAUGGGGCUCCGCCCAUGCACGCACGCUUCGCGCGCGGGUGGAGCUCUGCUAUAAAAUCAACAUGUUCAGCCGCACUUCCUAGCCAACUGAGAAGGCCAUAGAAAGUGUCUGUAUUAACGGGGUGUCUGUAUUAAAUGGGUUGAAUGUAGAGAAAAUGUAAUGGCUUUCUUUUCCCUGGGACAAAGCCAGCUGUCCAUAAUAAUAAGGUGUCCGCAUUAAGUGGGUGUCUGUAAUGCGGGGUUUGACUGUAUGUUAAUUAUUACUUGAUGUGACCUUUAAUGUGCUGGUUCUGCAAAAUGAUAUUUCCCUUGUGUUAUAGACCUGAUGUGUGCACUCUAAAAUGACAAGUCCUAAUAACUUGAGAUUUGCUGUGAAACAUCUCUACAAGCAGGUAAGAAAUUUUAUAAGCUGUUGGUAGUUCAGUCCUUAGAUAUUAUUGAAUGGAAAAGUGAAUAAAGAACAGUUUUAUCAGAUACAGACAUGAUGCUCAAAUUACUGUUGGGGAACUUAUUUGUUUUUCAAAGUUUAGAGGGGGCACUAACGUUUAAAGAACUGGCUUAUUUGUUCAUAAGGGGCGCUUAUUUCUAUAAUUUCUGCCUAAAGGUAGCAUUGUCCUCAAAAUUUGGGACAUUAAAGACGAAACCCAAAUAAUAUUAUGAGUGUGUGUGUGUGGGAGUCGGGGGGGAGGGUAGGGUUGUAGCAUGUAUUAUUUGGCUUUCAACACCCUUCUAUGUUCAGAAAUGGUCAUGUCUUAAACAACAAUAGUGUGAAGCCCGUAAAUUUAUUGUUCUCUCCUCUUCACAAUUUUUCUUCUAUUUUGUUUUUGUAUCAGUUCCUCUAAACUAGUCUUCUAAGUUAUUCUUGCCCAAGUCGAAGUAAUCUGUUAAAUGCUUUUUUCAAGACCAUAGGUCUGAGCACAGAUCAUAGGUACAUGUACAUGUAACAACCAAUCGCAUUAUGCAUUAUCCAGUACAUUGUAUAAAAAAAAUUGUUUGCUUAUUUUUUGCCGUUUCAGUUAUUGUAUCUUGGAAGAGAUUAUCCAGCAGGCGAGCAAUACUUCAAGUCCAAACUUAAACGAGCUUUUAUGAAACACAGAGAAGAAACAGAUCCAGAAAAAAUCAAGAUGUUAAUUGCUAGAGGAGAGUACGUCAUCAAGGAACUUGAGGCACUAUACAUGUUACGCAAGUAUAGAACUUUAAAGCAACGUUACUAUGGAGAUGAACAAAAAUGAUAAAAGCUAAUUUAACAUAUUGCCUGCAGAGUUUGUGUUAUUCCAAGUUCGGUGUGGUUGUAUUGUCAGUGCACAUCUGAAGAAUUAACUUGUGUCUAUAGUGGACGCACCUUAUGAACACCUCACUUUUAUAGAGUAGGGACGGCAGCUUUAUUUCUAGCAAGAAUUAUGGGUAUUAUUUUGAAUGAAGUAAACGCUUGUCAAUAGAAAGAUUUAGAUUCACGGCAAACGGCAGACCCCAGUUGAGAAAUUUUCUUCAAAAUAGAAAAUGAGCAGAUAAAAACAGUCUAAAGCAAUUCUCAUGGAUGAAAAAAACGUGAAACUACUUAUAUUUUUGUUCAAAUAAAGAACUGUCAAAGACAAGUGAAUGGAAAACUUGGUGACAUGGCAAAAAUUCACGUUUGCUGUUUGCCGCAAACGCGACUCUUAAUCUCUCUAAUAUCAACAUGAUUUGUUAUUGUGGAUCGCGGAUACUAUUUUGUUUCUUUCUGCAGCCUGAACUCUCCUUGGAAAUAACUGAAAAUACGUAAAUGUUAAACAUUAAUUUAAAAGGGAGAAAAAUGUAUGGAAUUAUUUUAUAAGCACAAAAAUACACAAUACAGUUGUACUGUUGUUAUGAGCACAGUGACCUGUUUUCAGUUUAACUAAGUAAGACG